CUCCCACCUCCAAUACACAAAACUUCCAUAGCUUCUUCAAACCUUUUUUUUUCUCCAAACACAUACGCAAGAAAAAAGAAAAUGGCAGCAACCGCCGUAACAACAUCGUCGUCUCAUGUUCUUCUCUCAAGCUCUCGCCACGUGGCGGCCUCACCUCAGCCACGAAUCAUUUUCCCAUCCGUGAGCGGGAAACGAGUAGCAGUAGCUGGGAGAAAUAUUCACCAUGCUCCUGCUGGUGGAGUGAAGUGCAUGGCGGUUGCGGCUGAUGCUGCGGCGGCGGAGACUAAAACGGCUACGAGGAAGAAGAGUGGGUAUGAGCUUCAGACAUUGACGAGCUGGUUGCUGAGACAAGAGAUGAAAGGGGAGAUAGAUACAGAGCUGACGAUAGUUAUGUCGAGCAUAGCGAUGGCUUGUAAGCAGAUCGCUUCCUUAGUCCAGCGCGCUGGAAUCUCUAAUCUAACCGGUGUUCAAGGAGCUGUUAACAUUCAGGGAGAGGAUCAGAAGAAGCUUGAUGUUGUCUCCAAUGAGGUGUUUUCGAACUGUUUGAGAUCAAGUGGAAGAACGGGAAUCAUAGCGUCUGAGGAAGAGGACGUGCCAGUGGCUGUGGAGGAAAGUUACUCCGGCAACUACGUAGUCGUGUUCGACCCUCUUGACGGUUCCUCCAACAUUGACGCAGCCGUCUCCACCGGUUCCAUCUUCGGUAUCUACAGCCCUAAUGACGAGUGUCUCCCCGACUCCGACGACACAUCCGCUCUUGGGUCAGAAGAAGAAAGGUGUAUAGUAAACGUGUGCCAGCCAGGGAACAACUUGCUAGCAGCUGGCUACUGUAUGUACUCGAGCUCAGUCAUCUUCGUUCUUACUCUAGGCAAAGGUGUUUUCGCCUUCACUCUCGACCCAAUGUAUGGCGAGUUCGUCCUAACUCAAGAGAACAUUGAGAUCCCCAAAGCCGGGAAAAUCUACUCCUUCAACGAAGGUAACUACCAGAUGUGGGACGAGAAUUUGAAGAAGUACAUUGAUGAUCUCAAAGACCCUGGUCCAAGUGGGAAGCCUUACUCCGCAAGGUACAUUGGUAGUUUGGUCGGAGAUUUUCACAGGACUUUGUUGUACGGUGGGAUUUACGGUUACCCUCGUGACGCCAAGAGCAAAAACGGGAAACUUAGGCUGUUGUAUGAGUGUGCACCGAUGAGUUUUAUAGUUGAACAAGCCGGAGGGAAAGGAUCAGAUGGACACCAGAGAGUUCUAGAUAUCCAGCCGACCGAGAUACAUCAGAGGGUUCCACUCUACAUUGGAAGCAAAGAAGAAGUGGAGAAGCUGGAGAAGUACUUGGCUUGAGUCAUGAACCAAACCUAAGCCAUUUAAUUUAUAUUGUAAGCCAUAAAUGAUGAUGAAAGUUCUAUUUUGUUGUUCAUAUCAAUUUAGAGAAGUCUGCUAUUUUACCAUAGACGCGCAACCAAGUUAAAAUUUAAACAAAC